CUGAGGGGAACCGGCCCGGCCCGAGCGGCUGCGAGUGCCGGGGCUGAGGGGAACCGGCCCGGCCCGAGCGGCUGUGAGUGCUGGAGCUGAGGGGAACCGGCCCGGCCCGAGCGGCUGCGACUGCCGGAGCUGAGGGGAACCGGCCCGAGCGGCUGCGAGUGCCGGGGCUGAGGGGAACCGGCCCGAGCGGCUGUGAGUGCCGGAGCUGAGGGGAACCGGCCCGAGCGGCUGCGAGUGCCGGGGCUGAGGGGAACCGGCCCGAGCGGCUGUGAGUGCCGGGGCUGAGGGGAACCGGCCCGAGCGGAACCGGCCCGGCCCGAGCGGCUGUUUUCCUGCCAUGAACCCGAAGCAGCCGUGACUCCCGGGCGGAAUGGCUGAGGAGGAAGCCAAGUACAGCGUCCUGCGGGAGGUGGGGCGGGGCAGCUACGGCGUGGUCUACGAGGCCAUCGCCAACCGCACCAAGCGGCGCGUGGCCGUGAAGAGGAUGCCGUGCCACGUCCCCGAGAACGUGGAGCUGGCCCUGCAGGAGUUCUGGGCCCUGCAGAGCGUCCAGCGGCAGCACCGGAACGUGCUCCAGCUGGAGGAGUGCAUCCUGCAGCGCGGCCGCCUCUUCCAGCCCUUGGAGAAGGCGAGGUCCGGCGGCCACCUGCUGCUGGUGGAGACGUGCCUGAAGGGCCGGAGCUGCGUGGAGCCGCGCUCCGCCUGCUCGCUGUGGUUCGUGACGGAGUUCUGCGAGGGCGGCACCAUGAACGAGUUCCUGCUGGCGCGCGGCCCCGACGCGCGCCUCAACGGCAGCUUCAUGCGGCAGCUCAGCGGCGCCGUGGCCUUCCUGCACCGCAACCGCAUCGUGCACCGCGACCUCAAGGCCGACAACAUCCUGGUGGCCCACGGCCACGCCGGCCCCGUGGUCAAGGUGGCGGAUUUCGGGCUGAGCAAGGUGUGCCGGGGCGGCGGGAACGUCAACCAGCUCCGCCUCUCCUCCGCCUGCGGAUCCAACUUCUACAUGGCUCCCGAGGUUUGGGAAGGGCACUACACGGCCAAGGCCGACGUCUUCGCCCUCGGCGUCAUCUUCUGGGCCAUGGUGGAGCGCAUCACCUUCCGCGACGGCGACACCGAGAAGGAGCUGCUGGGAACUUACAUCUGCCAAGGCAAGGAGCUGAUCCCGCUGGGAGAAGCUCUGCUGGAGAAUCCCAAGCUGAAGCUCCAGAUCCCUCUGAAGAACAAGGAAUCCAUGCCCGAGGACCUCUGCCAGCUCCUGCGCCACAUGCUGGCCUCCAAUCCCCGGGAAAGGCUGGAUGCGUUCCAGCUGGAAGUGCGCAUCCGGCGCAUUUCCUACGGGAAGAAGCGCCAGCGCUCCGGCUCCUAAAGCGGGAGGCAGGGACCGAAGCCCAGCGGGAUCUGGAAGUUUUGGAUUUUUCUCCAGCUGAAAAUGGGAUUUUCCCAGCGGGAAAUCCCGGAUUUAUUUCCCGCCGCGGUUCCUCUUUCGCGGACACAACUUUAUUUAUUCGUACAGUGCCUUUAAGAGGAGAAAUCCCAAAAAAAAAAAUCUGAUUUUAUCCCAA